AUGAGCGUAGUGAUGGAGUUGAAGAGGAAGGAGCCUGGUGACGCCGUGGCGGGCGAUGCCAGUAGGGGCGGCGGUGCUGCCGUCCCAAGCCAGAGAGAGGCUCUGCCGCCUGGGGGCGGCGGGGCAUUUUCCCGGGAAACGGCCCGUGAUGGGCGAAAUCACCCGCGGGAAAGCAGCUGGGACAACAUACCGGGAGCGAGUCCUGGGGUUCCAGCGAGAGUGACGACUGGCUGGGCAAGUAGAUCGGGAGCGAAUCCUGUGGGGCCAGCCGGAAUGAGCCCGGGCGUAGGACCGGACCGCGGGGAAGCGAGGGGGUUAAGCCCCCAAGGCUUGGACGGGCAGCUUAUCGGCAACGCCGAGAAGCACGCACCCGUCGGUGACCCAAACAGGCCUAGCUCGGAGCUGUAUAGCUUGGGCUACACAAGUGAUGAGGUUCAGAGGGGCCUCCAGGCGUUCCACUUUGUGACUACAGCCAUCGUCCGAGAAGCCUACAAGGCAACCGUGAAUAAAUGCGAGACCGCAAAGGAGAUUCUUGCGGAACUCGACAGAUUACACAACCCGGAGUCGCAGGGCUCGAAACAAGUCCUGAUGAAGAAGAUGUUCAAAUUCACGAUCCCCGCACACAGCAACAGCAACCCUGUCGAGCAUCUAUACACGCUCGAGCUGCUGUACUCGCGACUGCGGGAAAAAGGGCUCAACGCUGACACACCCUUUGUUCUCGCACACUUUGUCGAUGCCCUUCCACCCGAGUACCAACAAGCCAAAUUCUUGUUGGAGACGGCUACAACUCUGGACCGGGGCGAGAUAAUCAGGGUAGUCAGUACCGUGCACGCGAGCCUCCCGGAGGGGAGGAGGGCCACGAAGGGCCAGCGGAAGGCGGAGCAUGCUUUCCUCGCGAGCGACGGUGGCAACAGGGGCGGAGCGCCCGGCCGCAGCAGCGGCGGCCACAGCAAGGGCGGCGGCGGCGGUGGCAGCCAGAAGGGGAAAGGGGGUGGUCGCAAGGGCGGUGGUGGUGGCAACAGCGGCGGAGGCGGCGGCGGUGCAGGUAGCAUGCACGGCCGCUGCUUCCGGUGCGGAGAGAAGGGUCACCAGGCGGCCGCCUGUACCAAGCCGGAGCCCCUGCGAUGCGAGAAAUGCCUGGGCUACGGACACGACAAGACCAAAUGCUCGUCCGAGCAGGCGGUGCUCGCGGUGGAACUGCCGGUCUUGGACGCCACCGCACUGGACGUGGCAGAGGAGGCGCUAGUGGGGGUGUAG